GUACUCGACGUUGCGGUCUAGCCCUGCGCCAAGGUGGCGUGUGGAAGCGAGUUAGGGGUAUUCUCCGUCCUUCCUAGUCCUUCCUGGGUAUGCUCGUCAGGAACAGCCGAUGCAGUCCCGCCUGCAGCAUGACUGGUUCAAUCAUCCAUCUACGCAACGGCACCCGCAUGCAAAGUUGUGCGUCUCAGUCAACCACACAAGCCAUCCAUGCAGCCUUCAAUGUGAGUCGUUUCGUCAGUAUUGCCGGUUGUUUGAUCAUGAGCGGUAUAGUGUGUUCGCUAGCUUGCUGGUUGAUACUGCUGCAAAGGAUAAACUUAGAUAGCCACACAGAUCAUCCGAUACGAUUCGUUGUGCCCGCUGGGCAGGUCUGGCGGUCUCAGCCCGCCUGGCUGCUGGCUGGCAUCUACAUUGUCGCCAGUGUUAGCCAGCCACAAGACCCCCUGGCGUAUUCUUGGGCAGGGGUGUCACGGGUAAAGGGAAGCAACUUGUGCCUGUUGUACCACCUGGGCCUUUCUUUUUCGAUCAAAGUAUUGUCAAUUUGAGAUGUCCCGCACGCUUCACCCACGUGUAAGCUCAUAGUUCUCCAGCGGUGUGGGUGCCGUUUCCAAUUGCUCACGGCGCGCUGCAUGGCCCUGGCGCGUAGGAUGAUGGCCCUUGACUCUCUGCAUCAGAGCACGACAGCUAGUGCAGUAGUGUAAUCUCGUACCUGUAUUUGGUUUUGUGAAGCCCCAACAACUCUCUUCCCUAGGCAAUAACGCCACGGCCAGGUG